CUGCUUGCCCAAGUCUCCGUCCGGUUUUCGAUUUCGGUUUCGUCGGUUCCCAAGAGUCCCCCGGUGUACUGUAACUUUCAGAAUCCAUCAUCAUGUCUACAAAAGUAUACGUUGGCAACCUGAGCUGGAACACGACCGAUGACAGCCUGCGUUCAGCCUUCUCGAACUACGGUCAAAUCCUCGACUCCAUCGUGAUGCGUGACCGCGACACCGGCCGCUCCCGCGGCUUCGGCUUCGUCACGUUCAGCUCGUCUGGCGAGGCGCAGACCGCCAUUUCCAGCCUCAACGAGCAGGAGCUCGACGGCCGCCGCAUCAAGGUCAACCUCGCCAACGCCCGCGGCAGCGGCGGUGGCGGAGGCGGAGGUGGCUACGGCGGCGGAGGCCAGGGUGGCUACGGCGGUGGAGGUUACUCCGGCGGCGGAGGCCAGGGUGGCUACCAGCAGGGUGGCUACGGCGGUGCUCCUCAGUACUAA